GGGGACGGUCAGUCGCGGCACUGAGCUGGAGAGGUCGGAUCCCUUCUCGUCUCUGGUGGGUUUCGGAUCGGCGCGCCCUGCUCGGCUUGGCCAUGGAACCUACCCAGGACGCCGAGGAGGCGCGCUCUGUGCGCGAUGCGCUGGGCCGCUAUGAGGCGGCGCUGGAAGGUGCGGUGCGCGCGCUGCACGAGGACAUGCAGGGGCUGCAGCGCGGCGUGGAGCGGCGGGUGGCCGAGGCGCUUCGCCUGGCCGGCCCCCUGGCGCGCACCGUGGCCGAGCUCCAGCAGGACAACCAGCGGCUGCAGGCGCAGCUCGAACGCUUGACGCGCCAGGUGGAGGCGCUGGGCUUGGCGACCGGGCUGUCCCCUGCACCCGGCACACCCAGCCCCCCGCCCGCAGCAGGGGUUUCGGACCGCGCACCUCGCCUGGGCACCGCACGCUUCGCUAGCCACGCCACUUUCUCGCUGUCCGGCCGCAGCCAGAGCAUGGAUCAUGACGAAGCCAGUGAGCCAGAAACAAGACGAACCUCAAACUCGUGUGUCACUGAAAACGGACACCUGCCUGGUGCAGGUCCAGGUGAUGGAUCCUCUGAGGCAGCCCAAACCUCAGCACCACAGCCUUCUAGACCUCGCCCUGUGAGCCUCUCCUUGAGGCUGCCACACCAGCCAGUCACAGCUGUCACCCGAGUCUCUGAGAAGUUCUCUGGGGAGACCUCAGCUGCAGCUCUGUCGCCUACAUCUGCUGCCAUCCUAGGGGGCUUCAGCCCAAGCCCCAGUGAGGCCACCACCCCAUGGACUCCUAGUCCCACUGAAAAGAAUUCAUGUUUCACGAGGUCUUUGUCGAGCUCUGGGUAUGGGGCAGUGACAGCAGGCAAAUGCAAGGACAGCCCACCCUUGGUGACACCACCCCAGUCACCCCCAUCCCCACAGCUGCCAGUCACAACUCAGGCCCCUCACCAGGGGGAGCGUCGCAGGGAGCUGGUGAGGUCGCAGACACUGCCCCGCACCUCGGGAGCCCAGGCCCGGAAGGCAUUGUUUGAGAAGUGGGAGCAGGACACAGCGGGCAAGAGCAAAGGUGAGACCCGAGCCAAGUUGAAGCGGUCACAGAGCUUCGGUGUGGCCAGCGCCAGCAGCAUAAAGCAGAUCCUGCUUGAGUGGUGCCGCAGCAAGACCCUGGGAUACCAGCACGUGGACCUGCAGAACUUCUCCUCCAGCUGGAGUGACGGGAUGGCCUUCUGCGCCCUGGUGCACUCCUUCUUCCCUGAUGCAUUUGACUACAAUGCCCUGAGCCCCACACAGCGACAGAAGAACUUCGAACUGGCCUUCACUAUGGCUGAGAAUCUUGCCAACUGCGAGCGCCUCAUUGAGGUGGAGGACAUGAUGGUGAUGGGCCGCAAGCCAGACCCCAUGUGCGUCUUCACCUACGUCCAGUCGCUGUACAACCACCUGCGUCGCUUUGAGUAAAGAUCUUGGGUCUGGAGAGCCCAGGAGGAGACUGUGAGGCUGCUUGUGUUCUCCUGGCAGGGUGAUCCCCCAAGAAGAGUUGCCUCUGGUGCGAGCUCGCUGUGUGGCCUGUGAUGUGUGGCUGGGUGCCCCCACACCCAGCUGUGUUACAGAUUAAAGUACAGCUGACUGAGCCCAAGCAGCACUGUCACAGCCAAGGGUUUGAAGGACAAGGAAAAACUCCCAGAGAGAGAGAAAUUGGUGCUAAGUAAUGAUCUUCCUGAAGAAAAUGCUUGUCUGUGUAGCUUCUGAAUGCUAAAUUAUAAUUUUCCCUCUGGUGGAUUUGAUACAUUGGCUUGAUGGGGUUCCAUUGAUUACCAAGUGUUUUUUUUUUUUUUUUUAAUCAAAAUACCCAGAGUUUUUUACUUUCUCACACUAUUGUAGGUCCCUUUCCUCCCUCCCUCUGGGCCUUGGCCAGGAAACGAGAAGGCUUAAUCAGCAGCUUGACAAAGAAGACAAGGCUGGGGAUGAAACAGUUUUAUCACACCCAAGUCCUGGGCCGCAGAUGACCUUCAAGUCACCUCUACUCUGUUGAGGAGGAUGGGAAGGCUCUCACCUAGAUCCUAAAGGGCUCCUGCUCUUCCCAGGAGGCCCCAUGAAUGCUCAGCUAAGAAUAGGCUUUCUGGAAUUUAACAUUUUAGGUGAAAGAGAGGCCCCUUGUGCUCAGUUUUUAAUUACAUCUUUUUUAGGGGAUUUGUUGUAGGUAUUUAUAAAAAGUAUUUCCAUCCGAACCAUUGACCAGUCUGAACAUAGAAGUAUGUGUCAAAUUUUGCUUGGGAUUUGUUAUGACUGGGAGAUAUGGGUUUUGUGAAGAAGAGACUGCAUAUUUUCAAAUGAAGAUCUACUUAAAUUAUACCAUAACUGUAUUUAAACCACUUGUCUGGGAAGAUGAAAAUGACAUUUUCUAAAUGUCUCCCAACUUGUCUGUCACUCCCCAUCUCUGGAAAGUCCUCCCUUGCAGAUCUGUCCCUUGGAUGUUAACAAUGUAUUGUGAUAAAAGGUGGCCCCAGAUGGAAGGUUUUGAGGUGUUCUUUCUUUUUUUUUUCAGUGCCACUGAGCCACACCCUAACCCCUGAUGCAAGCCCAUUAAGGAGUACUGGUUUAAUUUCACAGCAGGAUUUUAAAAGAAAAAUCUUUAUAAAGCUGUAGCCAUCAGCAUAUUCUUACUCAAGAGUAAUUUAUAAUGGACUUGUAUUUUAGCUGUGAACCUCUAAAAUGUCCCUUUAAGGAGUUGAUGUGAACCUUCAUUUUAUGCAAUAGGCUCACACCAGCAGUCCCUUGGGUUGGGUGUUGGAGGGCAGAAAGUCCUUGAGGGGCCAGAGGGGCUGUGCUAAGCCUGCAGGUGGGUGAGCACCCCUCUCAGGAGAUCUGUUUGCUUAGGUUGCAGGGCUGCCCCAUCUUUUGGAUUCUCCUAUAGUGGGAAUCAUUCCCUUCCUAGCUCUCUUGUUGCUUGUAGGACUGGGAAGACGAGCCCUAUUAUUAGCAGAGACCACAUACUACAGUGUAGGGUUUCAACUCUAAAGCCAAUGUGGGCACACCAGGCUCUAUAAAAAGCUUGUCUGUAUGUGACUGAGUACUCACCCAUGGUGAAUGGCGUGCUCCUGAGUUGCAUACUUGCACCUCCACACACGAAAUACAGCAGAUCCUGCCGGGCUGAGGAACAACUGGCCUGAAGUGUUAAGAAUGGUGUCCCCUAUGUCUCACCUUCAGAAUAAUACAGACUAGAGAUAUUUGAAGUUGGUUUCAUGAUGUUCUUGUCUGUAGUCUUUGGGUGGGGGGAUGAGGGAUUAUGAAAGUUAAUGAAUCUCAAACUUCACUUACCUCUAAGACAGAGCAUGAGGGUUCCAGGUAUGGGAAGACGUGCAAGAACAUAUCAUAAUCUCAAGACAUUUGGAAACCACCAUUUUCUUCUUCUUCUUCUUUUUUUUUUUGUUAUAUUGUUGUACUGGGGGUACCUGGUAACAUUUACAAAAGUUCUUACAAUAUAUCAUAGUUGAGUUCACCCCUUCAAUCAUUGUCCUUUAUCCUCUCUCCCCCACAUUCUGGAAUAGUUUCAACAGGUCUUAUUGGAAACCAUCAUUUUUAAUUGGUGUUACACCAAAACUCCCCACUUGUGGAAUAUGAUUCCGUGUUGUCUGCCAUGGAGAUGGAUGGUUUUACAUCUCUUUUUCUUUUCCUGAGAGAAUUAUUUAUUGGAGUUGCUUCUAAGAUUCUUCUGUUUUUCCAGAUAGAGUUCUUCACCUGGAUUUUGCUAACGCUUAUUAAAUCUGACCAAAUGGGCUUGUGUGUUUCCUGGAUACUAAUGUUUUACCAGUGUCAAGAUGGGUUUUCACUUUUUUAACAGCUGAUGGGUAUUUUUCAAGCAAGGGAUAGCCUAGAAGCUCUUUCAGAACAUGAUAUAGUACGUUCUGGCUAGAGGAGCACACACAGCACAGGUGUUUGGGGAACAGUUUGUUAA